AUGGAGAUGCACUCGUAUGUCAAUACCAUUGCAAGCACGGAGUACUCUAUAUUACUCCGUGCCCUUCCAUCGGUUAUGGCACCUAAUGCUCCCCUACCCAGUAGGCAUGGAGCGGCAAUCUUACCAGACAUUCCCGCCGUAGGUACCGCUGCCCGGUCGAUCACACUGCGGACAGCGCAUGUGCAACAGUUCAAGUACACUUCACUCUAUUUCACGUACUGGUACUUGCGUGUGUCCAGGGUCAAGUACGCCGUGCAUUUACGAUUACUUGCUGUGCUGCUGAUGGGUGUCCGAAAGGUCUACGAGUGGCCGCUGCGAGCAUCGGAUGGGCCUCGGCAACAGGUCUACUCGGUACGCCUACAGCCGGCAGCUUCGAGACGGCGCCCGCUGCAUGGUCUCCCGUUCUCAAUCGCCCAAGGGCCCGGCCAUGAAUGGUCUGCUCCGUGCGUGGCCGCUGCCAGCAUGGGAUGGGCCUCUGCAGCGGUUCCACAUGCUGGGGGCCGACUGGCCACUUCGAGACGGCACCCGUUCCAUGGUCUCUCAUUCCAACCCGCGUCAGGGUCCGGCCGUGCAUGGUCUGCUCCCGAAACAUGUCCCGAUUCCGACGGCGUCAGGCCGACAACCAGAUUCCGUCCCAUCUCGGCCGUGCCGCGACCGACGUUUCGAUGGCGGCACUUGCAGUCCGUCUGCCAAAGACAUGGGGCAGAGGCCAUGGAGCCAUCGCGGCCCAAGUCGACGACAGCCACGGGUGCCAACUUUGGCCUCGACCAGGCCAAUCCCGGCACGGACACGACCUGA